GCCCAAGCUAACGCUCUCUUCAAUGUCUCCAAAUAGAAUUAGGGCCAACGUAUGAAUUUGUUAGAACUACUGACUCUUACAACAAUAUGCCAGUUUGCUGUAUCUGUUAGCCAAGACACUCACCCACUAGAGUUGCCCAGAGAAUGGAAACAAUCGAUGACUGAGAAAAAUAAAUAGUCCCACCACUAGCCCCCGACCAGCUGUUUGCAAACAAAAUAUUGGCGUUCUAAUUAGUUAUUACUCGAUAUUAGUUCAUUAAUGGACUGCUGCGGCAACGAAGUGCGCAGCGAGAGUAUUUACAACAUGCUGCAAGCCCUGGUGGACUCGAAGGUGGUCAACGUGCAGCUUCUGUCGAUUGCCGUGGGCAUUUUCUUCGUGGUCCUGCUGCUGAAAAACAAUUUUCGCAGCUUUUCUGGCACUUCUAUGGUUUUUGGAGCCCCCGAGACAGUGACGUCACGCACAUUAUGUGUGUAAUAUUUUGGGUGCUAGUACACAUACUCGUGAUUUUUCAGUCUCAGGGUCGUCGGUUUAUUUCGGAGGUGUUUGCACAACAACACGCCCAACCCCAAAUAUAAUUGUUUUCGAAGGCCGGGUGAACUGGUUUGACUGCCCCGAACCAUCCACGGAACAUGCAAAAAAAAUAUAUAAAUCGAGCCCAGAA